AUGCUUCGCAAGCGGGGAUGUUACUAUCGUACAAAUGUGACGUCCCGUUGUGUCUCUGUCUGCGCCACACUCCCGCCAGGCCCUGUCUUCGCCGUCCUUCUCGCGCUAUGGCUGCUCUCGGGCGUGGCGUUCGCGGCGUGGCUCUGCUACUCGACGCACGCGACGUACCUCGGCGAUCGCUACCGCCGCCUCGACACGUGGUGCUACGAGCGCGCCAAGCUCUUCGAGCAACACACGCUCACCACCGUCAGCCAGAUUCGGACUCUGGCGGGGCUGGCGUCGGUGAUGGGCAAGCCCAGGGGCCACGGCAACUGGACGUGGGACAGGUGCCUCACGGAGCAGCGCUGGAUUGCCUAUGUCAACAACACCCGAUAUUCCCGACCGGGUGACACCGGCGCCAUGGUCUGCCUCUUCGUCACAGAUGCAGAGAGGCGUGCCUUUGAGCGGCAGUACGACAGCCCCAUUCUGGACUUCACCUUGAUGCGGCGCCAGCAGCAGCCUCUGUACUGCCCCAGGCUGCUCGAGCUUCACUCGUACUGGAAGAUCUACCCGCUGGUAGACCUCAUGCAGCGUGGCGGUGACGAGCUCGCCUUUCUGCGCAGGACGGGAGACAUCAUCUUCACCCGUGUCAUGCCCAUCGGAAACCUCUCCCUCAACCUCACCGGCUUCACCAUCGGAGUGCCCAUCUUGAAGCAUGUGCUGCCACCGGUUCCUUCGGAGCAGCAGGCGGAGGAGGCGGUGCUGGGAGCAGCUGGGGCGAAUGUGGACCUCGUGAUGAUUGCCCGCCACGUGCUGCAAAACGUCUUCUCGCCAGACCCCAGCAUCACAUUCGAGGUGUAUGACAUCACAGACCCCAAGGGCCCGGCAAUGAUCUAUGGCCCGGGCCCACGCCUUCUGUUCUACCGCGAUCGCGACCUCCUACCCAUGACCGACAUCUCGCCGCCCUACGUCACGCGCCCGUGGGAGGAGCGUUCUAUCGUGCCGCUCGACCUGCUUGGUGGUCGCCUGCGGCGCUACCAAGUGUGGUGCCGCUAUGUGGAGGCACCAAGCACGUGGGUCUCGUGGGGGAUACCCUUCCUGUGGGCGUCUCUUGCUCUCAUGGUGACGGCGCUAGUGGCGGGGGUGGCGUGGCAGCAGCGGGUGGGGUACGUGCGCAGCGAGGAGAGCAUGGCAGCGGCGGACCAGUUGAGAGCGAAGGCGAGGGCAGCGGAGCGCUCGAAGAGCUCGUUUGUGGCGUCCAUGUCGCACGAGCUGCGCACGCCCAUGCUCGGCAUCGUGGGGCUGCUCGAUGCUCUCGAGGACCGCCGCCUCUCUGCCGCCCAGCUACAGGACGUGCGGGCGGCGCGCGCUGCCGCGUACGACACGGUGCGCCUCGUCAACCGCGUGCUCGACCUCUCCAAGCUCGAGGCGCGCCGCAUGGCGCUCUGCUGCUCGCCCUUUGAGCCGCGCGCGUGGCUCGAGGAGGUCGUGCUGGGCUACUGUGGGCUGGCGCGGGAGAAGGGCAUCGAGGUGGCGGGCAUGGUGGACACGGGAGUGCCUCUAGUGCUGCACAUGGACACCAUGCGACUCACUCAGGCGCUCAACGAACUCAUAGACAACGCCAUGUGCUACACGACCCGUGGGCACGUGCUGGUGCGAGCGUCCGUGUGCCCUGCCACCACCUCCCUCGAGGACUUUCUCCACCACCACCUCUACCACUCAACCCUGCUAUCCGCCGUGCUUCCCCUCUCUCGAACCCGUCCAUCAGACACCCCGUUCCACACUCUUCCUCCUCCUCCGCCUCCGCGCCCCUGGUUCUUCUCCUGGUUGUUCGGCCUGCACACACAGCUGGGGAUUCACCUCAACAGAGCCGCUGUGGCGUGCUGGGGGGAGAAAGAAGGGGAUCAGGGGGUGCUGGAUGAACCUGAGGGUGAUGAGGACCCCCCAUCCCUGCCAUGUGACACACCCGCACCUGCUGCCCUUCCGGAAGGGGAGGAGCAAGUGGGGGAGGCGAGGGGCGGGGGUGAAGGAGAUGGUGAAGGAGAUGGUGAAGGAGACGGUGAAGAGGACGACACUGGGUGGAGCAGCGGUGGAGAGGAGAUGCAGCUGGUGCUGUCGUGUGCCGACACGGGCUGUGGGUUUGACUCCACAGGGGAGGAGCUCUCAGAGUUCAAGGUGAGAGGGUCAGAGUUCAAGGUGAGAGGGUCAGAGUUCAAGGUGAGAGGGUCAGAGUUCAAGGUGAGAGGGUCAGAGUUCAAGGGGCGAUCGGAGAGCGGAGGAGCAGGCCUGGGGCUUGUGCUCGUGCACCAGCUGGUGGCCCUCAUGGGCGGCCGUGUUGCCUGCCUCUCCCACCCCGGCACCGGCUCCACCGUCGCUUUCUCCGCCCCCUUCGCCCCAACCCGCCGCCCUCCCGCUCCUGCCAUUCCUCCUGCCGCUCCUCCUCCUGCCGCUGCUCCUGCUGCUGCUCCCCCGCACCCUCACCACACGAGCGAGGCGAACGGAAGAGAGGAAGGGGGAGCAGAAGAGGGGGAUAAGCGGGAGGCAGGGGAUUCGUGGGGUUGUAACACGUGGUUGGGGAAUACGGGCGGGCGUGGCAGCAGCUGGAAAGGGGGGAGCGGGCUGCGAGGGCAGGAGAGAGAGCCGUGCAGGGAGGAAGCGCAGGGGCAUGCAGAGUGCACGAGAGGUGUAGAGGAAGUGACCGUGGGCCUGGUGGGGGCGGAUGGCAGCACGAGAGAGUCACCCAUCGCAGCCACCUUCUGUUGCGCUCCCCACUCGUUGCAUCCAAUCCCUUUGCCGUUCCCGUGGCAGCUCACAGCUCUCAUGCUGGCGGGUCUCGGAGCACACGUGCACUUGCUUCCCAGACCUCUGGAUUGCCCGCCCACUACUGACGCCCGUGCUGCUGAAGAGGGAACAGGCAGUGCAGAGGGGAGCUGCGAGGAUGCAGCGAGGGCGUGGAAGGAGGGGGGAGGGAGAGGUGGUGUGGGAGAGGGAGGGGAUGAAGAAGAGGGUAGGGAGGGGAUGCCAUGCGUGGUGGUGGUGAAUGAACAGGACCUGUGGUGGCAGCAGGGCGGGAGAGCAGCAGCAGGCAUGCGCUGGGACAGGGACAGUGAGCCUGAUGCGCGCAAAGGUGAUUCCCAGUGUGGAUGGAGUGGGCAGCUGGGUGGGCAGGGGGGUGGGGACAGAGGUGCAUGUGUGGUGGCUCUGGCACCAGGGGAGGCGAUUGCAUGCCAGGACAAUGACAGUGACAGCAACAGUGAGCCUGAUGCGGGUAAGGAAAGUUACCACCAGUGUGGGUGGACCGGGCAGCAGGGUGCGCAGGCGGGUGGGGGCAGAGGGGCGGGGGUGGUGGCGCUGGCGCCGGGGGAGGCAGCAGCAUGGCAGGGAGCAGCAGUGGGGCUUGUGAGGCGCUGCAUGGCAGCACACAGGGCUGAAGGGAGAGCGACGCUGGGUGGGUGGAGGGGGACGGAUGGGGAAGCAGGGAGAAAAAUGAGGUUGGGUGGACGGGCAGGGAGGAGGUCGAAGGGGAGAGGGGAGAGGCGGCCUUGCUGGGAUAGAGUGGCAGGGAUUGUCAUUCUCGCUGCAUGCUCUGCUGGAUCCACUCGGGACGAGGGGGACGGGGAAGGGGUGGGGGAGAGGCAGGAGGAGGGUGAGGGAGGCGAGGGGGUGGAGGAGAGAAACAAUGCAGGAGGGGGGGAGGAGGAGGAGGUGUAUGGUGAGAUAGGAGGGGCAGGGAGCGUUGGUGGACUGGAAAGAGCAUCUCACGGUCCAUGUGCCGCUGGUGUAGCCUCCUCGUCACCUCUCAUUGCAUCUGCACGAGCUGCUGCUCCCCGUGUGGUGGUGUGUUGCCGCCCGCUGCUCUCCCACCGCCUGCACCACGCCGUCCAGGUGGCAGCAUUCGGAAUGGAUUGCAAGAGCGCAUGCCAUGGCAGCGCAGGGUGCGAGUCGCAAGAUAGUUCUGAGCCUGGCAUGCAAACAGUGCAGGGCAGGCAGCAGGAGAGCGGCAAGGGGAGGUUAGAUCAGCAGAGUGCAGGCAGACGGUGGAGUGAAGAGAGGGGCAAGGAGGGAUGCGAUGAGCAGCAGUUGCCUGGCAGCAGCAGGGAUGAGACGGGGGGUGAUGAUGCAGGGUGUGGCGAGUCCACUCAAGGUGGCAGUUUGCAGAGUGAGAUGAGUGAGUGUGCUUCCGAGAAGGUGAGCGUGUGCACAGUGGUGAGGAGCGUGAGUGAGCAUGCUGCAAGCUUGGCACGAGUGGAGCCUUCUAUCUUUGCAAGGCGAAGGGCAGCAGCAGCGGCAGCAGCAGGGGCGGCAGGGGGGGUGGUGGCGGGGUGGCGCGUGCUGGUGGUGGACGACACGGCAGUGAACCUGCUGGUGGCCCGCCGCACUCUCACCCGCUGCGGCGCCACCGUCAGCACGGCGGGCAGCGGGGAGGAGGCGGUGCGGCGUGUGGCGGCGGCUGUGAGUGCGGCAAGCGAUGGCGCGGCGGCGGAUGGCAGCGCUGAGCUGGAUGUGGUGCUCAUGGACCUGCAGAUGCCCGCCAUGGACGGGUUCAUGGCAACAGAGGCGAUACGCGAGCUCGAGAGGUCUGCAGCUCUGAGCUCCACCCCGACAGCACAAGCAGCAACUGACGGCGGUGCACAAAUGCACACGCAGGGUGGUGCUGCAUCUCAUUCUCUCGCUCCAGUCACCACGCUGACACGAGUGCCCAUACUGGCUCUCACAGCAGAUGUGGAUGCUCACAUCACGCAGCGGUGCCUUGCCAGUGGCUUCGAUGGCAUUUUGCAGAAGCCCAUUGACCCCAAGCAGCUCGCCAAUCUAAUGCUACGAAUAGAAAAGCCUCCCCCGUUGGGACCCUUACGAACAAUUUCACAUCCGACAUGA